AUGAAGAUAUAUCACUUGACAUGAUGAACUCAUCCUCAACGGAAGGCUCCCUUAUCUCUUCCGUUUCCUUAAAUGGGAGCGUCGGACAUUCUUUGAGAUCACCCGUCGUGCUCGACCCGUGCCGGUUGUCAAAUGUCGGGCCACCGCCGCCAGGCAGCGCAGUCGUUCCUUCCAUUGGCCGAAAGCGUCAUUCUAGUGCCGGCACUCUCACUGACUACUCGUUCUUGUUGGAUGAUGAUUCAUCAUCUUCUGCAGAAUCUCCAAGAAUGGAAGAAGACAAUGAUGAAACAAGAAGGUUAAAGAUAGAGCUGAAGCACACGAUGGACAUGUACCAUGCAGCUUGCAAAGAGGCAUUAAAUGCCAAGCAGCAGGUGAUGGAACUCCAAGAAUGGAAGAGAAAACAAGAGAGAAGGCUGAGAGCAUCAUCACCGUCGUUGGCAACAGUUGACGACACGACUCGGAAAGUGGUGGAGAAAGAGGUGCAGAAAAGGGUAGCAUUGGUGAGAAGAAAACUUCUGUAUGAAUUAGGGCAAUGCCAGUACCAGGCCCACUUAGUUGAAAAAUACCGAGGCUUGUUUCAUAUUUUAGUCGUCAUUUUCUUGUACUACUUUUAUUUCACUAUGUUCAUACCUGUAAGAAAGUGUUAUCCCUCCCAAGAUUACACAUAA